AAGGAACAUGUGAUAUAAUUACGAGCAGUUUUACCAGUACCGUGUCCUUACCUCGUGCGAAAAUGUUCUCGCUUCCGAGCCAUGUUUUGGAAAAGUUACGCUGUGCUCAGUGCCGCGGCUAUUUAAGCUCUGGACCAAUUGUAGCAAAUCGAAAAAACGAGCAAUUGUGUGGCCGCUGUUUUAAAAUAUUCCCGGAUGAAAGGAAAGCGGAGUAUUUGCGCCAAAUCGGACUUGAAGCCGUAGCGCAAAUUAUCAUUUUUCCCUGUAAAUACACCGACCAAGGCUGCACUCACACAUUUCCAUGGAAUAAUGGCCUCGAACAUGAACUCAAUUGUGAGCACAGAUACGACACUCUGCCUUUGAUGGGAGACCCCAAAUGUGAUAAGAGUAACGAAGAAAUUGAUUUAAAAGUGUACUGCGACACGACCUAUAAUCACAACUUUGAAGAUACCGCCAAAUUGAGCAUAAACUUGACCGGGAAAAACAAUAACAAACUAGCGCUGAUUACUGGACGAAACCACCAACGAAGUGUUAGACUUGGGGUCGAAGUAACCCUAUCUCUGGACGCCACACCGCAAAUCCUCCACGAAAACGUUGUUGUUGAAGAUUCCAUCGAAGAAAACUUAUAUGAAUCAAUCAACGUGUUCGACCACUGCGCCAGUUGCCUCAACAACGUCCUCAACUGCGAGGUCUACACCUGUUCCUUGGGCCACAUCGCGUGCAAAAAAUGCAAAAGCCCCAAUUGCCGGAUUUGUAGUUUUCAAUUAAACUCCAAUUUGCUUCAGUUUUGUAAAAAUUACGUGCGUGGUUGCACGGAAUUGUUCCCAGCUGGUGACAUAAAAAAGCACGAAAUUGACUGCGAAUUUAACGAUUUCAACUGUCCUUUGUGCGAUUCUGCAAACAACCUAAAUAUUUUGGUGGCGCAUUUUCAACAAACGCACAAUCCGAUUUGUUCGAACGAAUUCAAUGCCAUUGUUACCGAGCAAGAUGAAACGUGGUUUUUCGCCUGUUUUAAUAAACUGUUCCGUUGCAAAUAUUACUACUUAAGGACCAGCAUUGAGUUCGUUGUGACUUAUGUCGGAAGCAACGACAAGGCUUGCGAUUACAAAUACAGCGUUACUGUCUUACCGAAGAAUUUGAAAAGUGUCACCAAACAGGCGAAGUGCUUAGGCUGGAACGACGCAAGUUUGGGCAAAGCGAUAGUUUUUGAAGUGGCCAAUAACAGGAAAAAAUUUGAAGUGCGUGUAUCCAUAAGUAUUGUACCACAAGUUUAAUAAAACGAGUACUUAAUUAAUAAAUGUUUUAAUUGGUGUUAUGGCGCCAGAAAUAAUGACUCAACUCAAUAACUGGAAAGAGCGGAAUUAUAAGCAAUUUUGAUCCAGUGGCGGCUUAAUUAGUUCAAGUGCCGGUUUUGUGUUUUUUGAAAUUGUGAAUUUAAAAAUUGACCAAAUUGGAUCGAACCUGACCUGUAUAGAGGGAUUUUUAACUCGUUUUUGAGCGUGAAACACUCCUGAAAAAUUUCGCACCGCCACUGUUUUAGUCCUGAUGAUGAUACAGAUCGGUUUUAUACAAGGCUGUAUUAAUUGGACCGUUUGGUGUGGAAAGAAGUAUUUUGUAAAGAAAUGAGGAUAAUCGCGUGUUAGCUGCAUCGUAAUCCGUCCGCACUCCCUUAAUUGCUAAAUUACAACCGCACUCUUCAUUUUCGAAACAAAGUUGCGUAAAGCAAUGGUUAAUUGGUUUAGUCGCGAAAAAAUCGUCUGUUAGUGAAACAAUUUGAACAUUUUAAUCAAAAGUUGAAAUGAUUAAACUCAAGAAUUUGUAAUUAAAUUAAAUGUUGGGCGAAUUUUUUGUGAGUGUAAUUAUGACGUUCGUUUGGAAGGUGGUCUUUGUGUUUUUCGUGUCGAGUGUUACGUAUAGCGAAGAGCCGAAAGAUGGCUACUAUGUAGAUGAUCUCAAUGAGGCUUCCUUUACAACAGGGUCCGAGCCGCUCGUUUGCCCAUCCACCAACGUCAUUUCAACAAGGUACAAAUGUAACGUCAAUGGGGAGUGGGUGGAUUGCACGCGGAAACACUGCUGCAAGGACUACACUUUUGUAGCAGGAAGGUGCAUUCCUAGAUCGCAGGAUCCGUGUUCUAUGGGCUUGUGCGAGCAAGUUUGUACUGUUUAUUUACAACGCGUCAUUUGCACCUGUUUUGACGGCUACAAAUUCAAUCCGGAAAACCAAAAACGAGGAAUUAAACCUGUCUGCGUCGAUGUAGACGAGUGUUUAGAUAAUAACGGAGACUGUGAACACGAAUGCAUAAACGAAUCUGGAAGCUACCGUUGCGCAUGUAGAGCAGGAUUUACAUUGCGAGCGGACAAUAGAACAUGCGAACCUUUAAAUAAUUUAGAAGGAACAGCAGAACAAGCCGGACACAGUAAUCGCUGUUUCGCCAACUGCGACACCGUUCUGCGACUUCAUGACAAGCUAAAAUCGUUGCAGGAAAAGGUAUCCGCUUUGAGUACGGCAAUCAGAUUGUCGAGUUUCGCUUCGGGGCCGCCAGGGCCCCCGGGGCCCCCCGGCCCCGUGGGCCCGCCGGGGCCGAGAGGAUUCCCAGGGGCGGAGAGCGAAGCACUGUCUGCUCACACCACACAAGAUUACACUUAUUCGGUUUUGGAUGCGUUUGUGCCUUUGCCAGGGGAUGAGAAUGCCCAAUGUCGGUGCAAAAGAGGGCCACAAGGCGAGGCGGGGCCGAGAGGGCCUCAAGGACCCAAAGGUGAGCAAGGAGAAAAGGGGCCGAGAGGGCCAAAGGGCGAAAGGGGCUCGUUUGACUUCCUGCUGCUUUUACUAGCUGAUGUGAAACAUGAUAUCGUUCACUUACAGAAUCGGGUUUAUAGGAACGGGGAAGCACCACCGAAAUUCGACAUUGACGCCGCCCUCCACAAAAAGCGAAUCAAAGACAAACACACUUUUCUCAAGCAAAAACGAUUGUUGGAAGCUUACACUUCAAUUCCUACUGUUGUUACACACACUACAACGGAAACGACAGAUUCGACACAAGUGGAAGAAUUUCGAGAUGGACAUGUGCCUGAUGACUAUUUAGAUUAUUACGGAUCAGGAAGCGAAUCGGAAGAUUAUAUGAAUUAAACUCUGUUUUAAUAAAAGUAUUUUAUUCUAA